CAAGCCUGUUGUGCCAUCCUAACCAAUCAGGACCUACUCUCGUGGGGACGUAACGUCGUGUCGCGAGAGUUGAUCGGAUUGUCAGUUUAAACUGUGGCGGUUUGAGCGUUUAGAAAGACUGUUGAUCGGUGACUAAAGAUGGCAGCAGAAGAGGAGAUUGAGCUGCUGAGGAGGCAGCUGAGGGAGAAGGAAGAGCAGAUCCAUCUUGCUGCCCAAGCAGGACUAGACUGUCUCAACCAGCAGAUGGAACUGCAGAGCAGACUGGAGGAACAGAGAGUGGAGAUGACCAACGCACUCGAGGCCGUCGAGCAAGAAAAGUACACCCUGCAGAAGGAAGUGGAUUUAAAGUCUCGGAUACUUCAGUCACUGCAGUCAGACUACGACUGUCUGAAGAAUCAGCAGACACAGCAGCUUCAGGAACAAGAAUCUGUGGAGAGGAGCCACAGCACAGCACUCAGUGAGCUCAACAACAAGAUGUUGAGGUUGCAGUCGGCUCUGGAGGAAUCCCAGCUAAAUGAGAAACAGCUGAAAGACAAACUCGAGGUGCAGACUGAGACCCUGAAAAACAAGAUGGAGGAGCUGCGAGCACUGAAUGAACCCAGCCACACCUCUAUGACAUCUGAGAUGCUGGAGGUGCAGAUGAAGAUCGUGGAGCUGGAAAGCAUUAAGGUGGAGUUGGAACAGAAGCUGCAGGAGUCUCAGUACACAGAGCAGCAGCUGGAAUUGACCAAUAACAGCCUGAAGCGCCACCUGAAUCGAAUCACAGAGGAGAAAGAGGAGAGGGAGAAGGAGGCCGUUUCCUGUUUUAAUGCAUUAGAGAAAGCUCGUGAAGUGAACAGGGACCUUCAGAUCCAGUUGGACCAGGUUCUGCAGCAGGCUCAGGAUCCCAACAGCAAAGGGAACUCACUGUUUGCUGAGCUGGAGGAUAAACGUGCUGAGAUGGAGAGACAGCUCAUCUCUAUGAAGGUCCAGUACCAGUCACUGCAGAAACAACAUGCCUUCAGCAAACAGCAGCUGCAGCGCAUGAAGGUCCAGAUAGCAACCCUGAUGCAGCUGCAGGGUUCCAGAGCUGAUCCUGCACAACUGGAGAGGCUCCAGUCAAUGCUGUCAGAGAAAAAUGGAGAGAUCCAAAAUCUGAUGACCAAACUGCAGAGACUGGAGAAGGUGGAGAUGAUGUUGAAGUCUCAGCCAGCUAAUCCCUCUCUACAAGAAACUGGUGAUGGCUACGAUGAGACGUACUACACUGACCUGCUCAAAAUGAAGCUGAACAACACUGUUAAGGAUGCAGAGCGUCUCUCAGAUGAACUGUCGCUGCAGAGGAUGAAAUCUCUGUCAGAGAGUCAGAGAGCUUUGGAGCUGGAGAGGAAACUCUUCUCAUCUGAACGGCUUCUCAAACAGUCUCAGAGUGACAAGAUCAAACUGCAGCUACGAGUAGAGGAGCUCCAAGACAAAUAUGAACCAAAAGAGGCAAAAAAGAAUCUGAUCCAGAAGAGAAAGAAAGAGAAGCUUCCGGUUGACAUCGUACCUUCCUCUGAGACCAUGCUUAACAAAGGCGAGCAGGUUGUUGCUGUGGAGAUUGAUGUCAAAAAUAAUUCUGGAGACACCAAAGCACACAGUUCUCCUCCAGCUGAGGCCCUGAUCUCCACACAAGGUUCAGCACCUGAGCCUAGGCCUGCGAAGUGUGUGAAGAUCAGUGGAGAUGAGCCAGUUGUGAUCCCUAACCCCAGCUCUCCUGUAAGUGACGCUAAAGAGAAGGUGAUGGAGGAGAUCCACCAGCAGAACAAGAGAGAGGAGAGAAGGAAGAAAAGGACAGUGGAGAUGAUCCAUGUCAGCUCGAACAACAGUAUGGAAAACCAGUGUGCUCAGCAGUAGGACUCAUCUAACCAUGCAUCUUGUAUAUUGUGCCACCACAACAUCUGAUAUUACUUAUAAAUAGACUUAUCUUUUUAAUUCACGUACUUCAGUUCUUACCAUUUACCUGUACUUCUUGUGACUUCCCUGUAUUUGCUAUCUGUCAUAUCAUUUAAAUGUUAUAGUAUUAAAGAUAUUCUCCAACAUACAGUA